AUGACAACAGAGAACAGGGAGAUCAUGGAAGCCCGGGGGGCAGGAGAAAGCUGCCCGACCGUCCCCAAGAUAGUGCCUGAUGACCCCAUGUCUGAAGGGAAGUCCAGGGCUGCUUUGGAGGCAGAGUGCCCUAAACCAGACUCUUCCUACAACAACCUGGAGGAGACAGCAACUCGUGAAGACAGAGGCUGCUCAGGGUCUCCUAAGUUGCUGUCCCCCAAGGCUGGCCCCACCACCAAGGGCCAGGCGGGUGAUGGACCUGAACUCGCAGAGAGGCUCCUGGCCCCAGGGACCCCAGGAACCCCAGGAACCGAGCGCGUUGCUGAGAUGGAGCUGGAGAAGGCACGCAUGGAGUUUGAGCUCACGCGCCUCAAGUACCUGCACCAGGAGAAUGAGCGGCAGCGGCAGCACGAGGAGGUGAUGGAGCAGCUGCAGCAGCAGGCGGCGCCCCGCCUGUUCUCGGGAGGCUUCCAGGACCUCCUGCACCCCCAGAACCAGUUUGCCAUGUUCCUGUACUGCUUCAUCUUUAUACACAUAAUCUAUGUCACCAAGGAGAUGAUCUUCUUUCUCUUCUCCAAGCACUACCUGUUCUGCAUCGCGGCCAUUUUGCUCUGUUUGAUUAAAACUCUAUGGUCAUACUUCUAA